AUGGCCACGUUGUCACAUCCCACCUCUUCUCUCCUCCUUCAAAAUUCAGACAACAUUCGAAAUAGUCCUAACAAAUCUCCUCGCCGAUUGCACACGGACCCAAACUACAUAGCUAGCAACGAUGACCUCAUUUUGAGGGUUUACAAACGAAUCAUAGUUUGUUGCGAUGGAACUUGGCAAGAUGGCGUUUCUGAACAGCGGUCUGCGUACACUAACAUCCUUCGUCUCGCGAGAACCAUCAACCAUGCCGACGAGAGAUUGUCUCCGGCUAUUCCCCAGAUUGUGUUUUAUCAGUCUGGAAUUGGCUCUGAGAAGAAUUUCUAUUCUGAAUAUAUAGAAGCCGACAAAGUAGAAGAUGCUUACGCAUUCAUAGCGCACAAUUAUAACCCCGGAGAUGAGAUUUUCCUCUUUGGGUUCUCCAGGGGUGCAUACACUGCUAGGAUGGUUGCCAUGUUUAUCGGAGAAAUUGGUGUUCUCGAUCGCAAAGAUAUGGAUCAUUUCGCUGGCAUUUUCAUCGCUUACCAGAAGCUCGGAAAAAGCAAAAAACCGGAGGAGAAGGAGAGAUUGAAAGAACAGCUCGCUCCGUGGUCCAGCACUCAGUCGCCUGGAAAGAUGAGAGUAGGUUGCAAUCAAGGCUCUUUCACUGUCAGAUGUGUUGGCGUUUUUGACACAGUUGGAUCGCUCGGGCUACCAGAAGAGUUAACUUUACGGGCACCAAAGUUGACGAAUCUCUUCGGGUUCCCCGAUAGAAUACUGGGUGAGCAUGUUGAGCGUGCAUACCAUGCGAUGGCUCUCAAUGAGACAAGAUCCGACUUUAACGUCAACAAGUUUCAACAGACAGAAGCUGGCCGGCAAAAAAAUCAAAUAUUGAAGCAGUGCUGGUUUACCGGUUGUCAUUCUGAUAUCGGCGGUGGCUACAAAGAACAUGAUCUGGCCGAUAUUUCCCUCACAUGGAUGCUGGUUUGUUCCCCCUGUUCAGCCUUUUACAGAUUUGAUUCGAAAGGAACGCGACAGGCUCAUAUCGGAGAUAUAUUAUCUCUCGAUGUAAAAUAUCUAUCGCAGCUGCCCCAGCCGGUAGCCUCAUGGGGAACACAGAAACCUCACGACCCAGCUACUGGAAUAUUUUCCUUAGCGCACACUAUCCAGCGUUCUCUUCCAACUUUCACAGACAACAUUACCGAGGAAACAAUACAUCUGUCUGUCUUGAAGCAGGCGUCUGUAUACCCAGCGCUUUCAGAGCUCCUCAAGAGUAAUCCGAGUCUCAUUUCCCCCCUCCUACCUCUUGAAGAAGAGAUGAAGGAGACCUGGCCGUUCCGCCCAGAAUCGUCGGUUGUUCAGUCAUACGCGUUGGGAUUAGGGAAUCAAAUUGAAAUCAAGAAGGAGCGAACAAGUGUCAGGAAGGAACUCUUUAGGACUGGAUCUCGGAUGGGCAAAUCCGUUUUUCGCACUCUCAGUUUCAGCGUGUCGAAAAAAACGACGAGUAGGAUUAUAACGGAGGCAGGAGCGGUGACUUAUGAGGAGAGAAACUGGAAGGGGGGCGUCGAGCUAACUGACGAUGCUAAAGCGAACGGUCUGGGCAGUACCAAUUAG